AUGGCCAGUGCUCAGACACUGGUGUGUGUGAAACAAGUGAAGCAAGAGGAACCAGAAGAGUGGGAUGAGAGCAUGCCAUUGCCUGGAGAUAUAAUUGAAGGGUUUUAUAAUUCUGAGAGUAGUGAUACUAUUGCUGAUGAGUUUUUUGUGCCUACCAAAGCCAAGUCAGAGCUUACCUCACAGCUUGCUAAGUUCAGCCAUGUUGAGGUCAUUUGGGUCAAGGUGAGAAGAGGUGAGAGCACACUCAAGCUCCAGACCUGUGUCGUGGCUGAGAAGAUUUCGAUGCUUCAGAGAAGGUAUACCAUUAGAGCAGCUACAGAUGACAGACAUGUUGCAAUUUUGGGGGACUUGACCUCAGACCAAUGUUCUGAGCUUCAGGAAUUGAGCAGGAGUUUGGUAAACGUGGUGUACAGAGGAUAUAACAAAAGGGGAGUUAAAUAUGACUGGAAGAUGAAAGUUGGUAGCUAUUUGCCUGACCAACGUUGCACAAUUGUUAGCUCCAUUUUGUUCAUGCCACUGCCAGGCGAGAAAUGCACUGAGGCCACAACAGCCAGGUGCAUGGCUUGGUUUUCUGCAGCAGUUGCUUCAGGGGUUCCUCUUGUUUUUGUUAAUAUUCAAACAGAACAGAUCGUGUCAUCGGUAUCAAUCUUUCUUUUUAGUCAUCUUGAAUUGCUAGUUAGUAACCAUUUUAUUCUCCGUUUUAAUUAG